GAAAAAUAAGAAACAAAAUGAAAGCUUUCCAAAGUAUCUGUCUGUUUAAGAGCCUGCAUUUCAAUUGCUAUCACGGUCAACUUCACAGCCAUCUUCUUGCUCCUGUCGUGAAGAAGAUAGGUUAUGUGGUGGGCCUGCACAACUCUGGAUAUUGGAGGCCAAACUCUUUAUUGGACACGGCUAGAUUCACUUUGUUUUUUAACAGUUGGCAUAGGAAAAACCAUCAGGCUUCUCGAGCGUUGUGGAAGCAUGAGGCUGUGCAGAAGCAUCUGGAGACUCUAAGCAAGGAAUACCAGCAGGUUAGUCAUCUGUUAAGUGCUGACUCACUAAAUGACUUUGAGCAAAGAACCCUAAGGAGAAGAUGUGCCGAUCUGUCCCCUAUUGCAGCUGCAUUUCAAGAAAUCAAAGAGGCUGAAAGGGAAGUUCAAGAGUUAGAAGCUAUGUGCAGAGAGCUAGACAGCAGAGAUGAGAAACAACUUCUAGAGCUUGCCUUAGAAGAGAGGGAGACCCUGGAUAAAAAAAUCAAUAAGUUGUGCAGAAAGCUUUUCCAGCUUCUAGUGCCAAAGGAAAAAUAUGAUAGAAGUCAUGUCAUAUUGGAAGUGACAGCUGGCAGAACAACUGGAGGAGACAUCUGCCAGCAGUUCACUAAAGAAAUGUUUGAGAUGUACCAGAACUAUGCAGACUAUAAGCGUUGGACCUUUGACAUUGUGAACUAUAUGCCAGCUGAGAUAGGUGGGUUGCAUCAUGCUGCUGCUCAUAUUUCAGGAGAUGAUGUCUACAGGCAUCUGAAAUAUGAAGGAGGGACUCAUCGAGUCCAGCGAAUCCCUGAGACCGGCCUGUCAUCAAGAAUGCAGCGAAUUCACACUGGAACAAUGUCAGUUAUUGUUCUCCCUCAGCCAGAGGAGGUUGAUAUUAAAGUGGAUCCCAAAGAAUUGCGUAUAGAUACAUUCAGGGCCAAAGGAGCAGGAGGGCAACACGUUAACAAAACUGAUAGUGCUGUGAGAGUGGUACACCUGCCCACAGGACUGGCAGUUGAGUGCCAGCAGGAGCGAUCACAGCAGCUGAACAAGGAAAUAGCUCUGCGGACACUGAGAGCUAAGCUGUACCAGCAGAUCAUUGAAAAACAGCUAAGUCAAGAGCAGAGUGCCAGAAGACUACAGUUGGGAACAAGAGCCCAGUCAGAGAGAAUCCGAACUUACAACUUCACUCAGGACAGAGUCACUGACCACAGGAUCUCAUAUGAUGCUCGCAAUAUCAAGGAAAUUCUAAGUGGGAAAGAAGCACUGGAUAACUUGAUCAACAGACUGCUGGAGUUUGCAGAGAUAGAGGCUGUCACCGAAUAUCUAGGAAAUUUGCAGACUUUGGAAGGAGGAGGCAGCUGA